GCCGGAAGUGACGUACCCUUGCGUUUCGCGCAGUGGCGGCAUUUUAACUUUAGCGGUCUGGACAGGUUGACACACUUAAGUCACCGCCUGGGAGGAGACUGUGGGAUUCCGGUGGCUCCCGAAACGGGCCCAGUCAGUCCUUCGAGCUUCCGGUGCAGAUGAGAGAGCCGGAGCUCCGCCUACCGGAGCGUCCGGGAAGCCGGGGUUGAACGAAAGCGGCGCGCAGAAAAGGGCGCCCGCGGGCCAUGGCCCCACCUCCGGGGCUGGGCCCCGCGUCGUUGCGGUUCGCUGCUGCGGCCAGCUGGCUGGUGGUCCGCCGUCGCCGCGUAGAGCACUACCCGAAAGUGGUGGAGUUUCUGCAGUCCCUGCGCGCCGCUGCCCCCGGCUUGGUUUGCUACCGGCACCAUGAACGCCUGUGUAUGGGCCUAAAGGCCAAGGUGGUGGUGGAGCUAAUCCUGCAGGAGCGACCCUGGGCCCAGGUCCUCAGUGCCCUGAAUCAUCACUUCCCAGAGUCCAGAACAACAAAACAAGAUAGGAAGCUUUGGGAGGCACAGCAGAAUUUUUGCCUGCAUGUGAAGCAGCUGUCAGAGGACCCGGCUUCCAGCCAGCAGGAACUAGAACAAGAUUAUGGGGAACCCUUUCUGGUUGCCAUGGAAAAGCUGUUGUUUGAAUACUUGUGUCAGCUAGAAAAAGCACUACCUACAGUCAGAGCACAAGAGCUUCAGGACGCUCUGAGUUGGAUCCAGCCUGGCUCACUCAUCACAUCUUCUCUUGCUUUGCACCAGUAUGGUAUGGACAUGGGGUGGCCAUUUCCAGAGAUCACUACAUCUGACUCGGAGAAUCUGAUCGAACUCAUGGAAGAGAGCCUUCAUCAGCAAGCAAAUGGAGCACUCCACAAUCCUCUGCCUAAAGUUAGGUGUGGCCCUCACCAGCCAGCCUCCCGGGAGCACCCAGAACAUUUAGCUGGCAGCUGCUUUAAUCUGGCCCCUUUGGGAAAGCGAAAGUUGCGAUCACAGUGGACAUCUGCAAAGGCAUGCCCUAAAGAGCGGCCCACAGUCAUGCUGUUCCCGUUUCGGAACAUGGGCUUACCGGCCCAAGAUGCAGCUAACCCAAAAAGCGGGGAACAGCAUGGAAUGGACACAGCAGGCCCUGUGGGACCAGAACCAGUCUGCACUGGGAAGUCUAAGACUCCAUCUCAAACCGUGGGGAAAAGGGCAUUAGAGGAGACCCCACCCGACUCACCAGCUGCAGAGCAAAAGGAGAACGAUGUGAACUGCACGGACCCUCACUCUUCACCACCUCCUAGAGUCAAGAAACCAGUGCUGUCCCCGGCCCCGUGUAGCUCUGUUAUUACCAUAGGGGACUUGGUUUUGGACUCUGAUGAGGAAGAAAACAACCAGAAGGAAGGGAAGGAUCUUCCUGCCGUGCCCUCCCAGUCUCCUUACCAAAAGCCUUUGCCACAUCCCCAGGACAGCUGCAGCCUCCAUCCUACAAACAGGGCAGAGGAAAUGAUGGCCCCAAGGAAGCAGCUUACCAGGACCAAUUCCCACUUUGAUGAUGUCAGCCCCGGAGAGGAUUAGCUCUUCUACCAUCUCUCCUGUUACCACAUUUCCUGCCUGGUACAAUCAAAACAACAUUAUUAGGGUCAGUGGUGGAGAACAGCUUUUGUGUGCUCAUAUAAUCCAUGCCUCAAUUGUGACCUCCCUAUUACAGGCAGAGGGUUCCUAGAGCCCUCCUCCAGGACCUUCCACCAACUCCAAGGCCCUAGAUUCCCACUCACCCUUCCUCCCGGGAACCCCAUAAACAGAUUUUUGAUUUAGUGUGGAGGAUAGAAGAAACAACACUGUCAUUGAACUAGGGUAAAAACAGGCCCAGAAUGACCGUUAAGGCCGCCAGGUGGGCAACAAGACAUAAAGUGGCAUCAGAGAGCAGUCAGUGAGUCAGAAACCCCACUCGGACCGACAGUAAUGCCCUUUCACUAGCAGGUGACUACUGCCCGGUCCUGAAGCUCUCCACCUAGAAAAAAAAAUGGAAAGAUACUGGAAUGUAGGUUAAAAUAUCCAUCUGCCCAAUAAAUAGUCUUGACAGUGUGACAUCACCCCCUUCAAUGCUGUGAGGAAAAUGAAGCCUUGGAUUUUGUCUCUAAUAAGCUUCUAAAAAAUAAAAGUUUUAUAUGAUA